CCUGUGGAGCUGGUUGACAGUUGCCUUUUGUAUCUCUGCUUCUUUUUCUUUUUAGGCUGUCACUGUGAAACCCAUCAGAUGAUUGGAAAUUACAUGUGGGAUGUAACCUCCAACAAGGAGUUCCUUAUUGGAACCAACCCUGACAGUCGCUUGUCUCUGUGGUGGAACGGAUCAGAACCUCUCUGGGUCACCAUGCAGAAACUGGGGAAGAAGGUUUUCAUGUAUUUCUGGCCUGGCUGUGAAGUGGAGAUUCUGAAUGUUCGUCCAUCAUUCUGUGAGGAAUAUGUUUAUAAUCCAUCAGAAAUGAAUAUUACGCAGUCCAUCAGCAAGGCGCUGGCUGUGCUCAGUUCAGGCCAAGCAGACAUGGCCGCCAUUUACUAUGAGAGAAUCGAUGUGGAAGGUCAUCACUUUGGUCCAGAGUCUCCUCAGGUCAGAACGGCGGUGAGAGACCUGGAUGCCGUCAUGCAGACACUGAACCAGAAAAUUAAGGAAAGCAAGAUGGUGAACCAGCUGAAUGUGCUGCUAUUUUCAGACCACGGUAUGACGAAGAUCCAGUGGAUGGAAAAGGUGAUAGAGCUGGAUAAAUAUAUAGACAUGUCCGACAUAGUGAAGAUGAUGGACAGAGGACCAGUGGUCAGCCUGUGGCCCAAGAAUACCUCGUACCAAAAGGUUUAUGCUGCCUUGAGCCGCGUCCAGAACAUGCAUAUUUAUGCCAAGCAGGAAAUCCCUGAACGGUUCCAUUAUAAGAGAGGAAACUUUGUUUCCCCUCUCACACUGGUUGCUGAACCAGGCUGGUUCAUCACUAAGAACAAGGCGACGCUGCCCUACUGGAAAAAUGACUCAGGGGAGGCCUCAGCAUGGCAAAAUGGCUGGCAUGGCUAUGAUAAUGAGUUUCUGGACAUGAGAGGCUUUUUCUUGGCUGCAGGACCAGGUAAUUUAAAGCCUCGCCCACCUUCUACUGCUUUCACAUAAAGUUUAACACAAUGA